AUGUGGUAAAUGAAGUUGUGAUGCACUGCUGGGAAGCCGAACGCACACUCACUGCCCAUAGAGUGUAGUGUUUGAAAGUCAAGUGUGUAUUGAGUGUGAGUUGUGUUGAGUUGUAUUGAGAAAAGCAUUGAUUGCAAUGAUUGCGAAGACAUCACACGUAAUGUUGGCAUCGGUUUUGUGGUCUCCUUAUCGCUGAUUACACACAACACUGCGUGAGUUGUCGUCGAGUUGUGUCUCAACUGUCCUAUCAAUCAGACAAACCAUUCACACAACGCGUGGACACAACAGCCAUACAGACGGCAGCGAUGAACACAUUGUCACCGAUCGAGUCCAGCCAUCGCAAGACCGGCGCUCACACUCCCAUUGACGCCAACUUUCAGCACAAUUAUUGUCCCCUUUUUAGUGAUUUCAAUGACUUUUGUUUUAAUUUAUUUACAUUUAAAUUUGGUUCAAACGCCAGACCUGUGGCCAAAUGUUUAUCACAACAAUUGGUCACAAAUAGUUGUGUUUCAGUGAUUGUAGUGUUAGUCCUCUUAUCGUGCGUUCAAUCCAUUAAUUGUGAUCACAAUGAGAGCCAUUCCGGGAACGACUUCUUCAACAGUGACUUCAAGUCUAAAGAUGUGGUCAAUUAUGUGGACAACAAAUCCACGCAAGAGACUGUGGACGACGACGACGACCUGUGGUCUCGUUUGGGUCGACUCAAGUUCUUUCACGCGUUCGUGGCAUCCAUUUCGGUGAUCAUUGUAUCGGAAUUGGGAGACAAGACAUUCUUCAUUGCGGCCAUAAUGGCUAUGAGACACGCGAGAAGCACUGUCUUCAUGGCUGCCAUGUCUGCCAUAUUUGUUAUGAACACUUUGGCCGUACUGCUGGGAAUGGCGACGACAGUCAUCCCCCGGUAUUUCACUCAUUACGGGUCUAUUAUAUUGUUUGCGUUAUUUGGUCUGAAAAUGCUUCACGAAGCUCAUCAAAUGUCUGACGACGAGGGGAAGGAAGAGUACGAAGAGGUCCAGAAAUCUCUGAGCAAACGCGAGACAGUAGAUCUCGAAUACAAUAUGGUGUCCACAUCGGCCGAAGACCCGGAGACAGGUGUCAUCAAAACCAUAUCUUCAGUUUCGUUGGGCACUCGUGUGCGUCGAAAGCUGAUGGUCUACGUGUCGCUGGUGUUCAUCGAGACCUUUACGAUGACAUUUUUGGCCGAAUGGGGCGAUAGGAGUCAAAUCAGUACAAUUAUUUUGGCCGCUCGCGAGGAUGUGUUGGGCGUUACAAUCGGAGCCCUGUGUGGACACUGCAUCUGCACCGGUAUCGCAGUUCUUGGCGGAAGAAUAAUUGCACAAAUGAUUUCUGUCAAAACUGUUACGCUCAUCGGAGGAAUUGUUUUUAUAUUUUUCGCAAUAUUUGCUCUAAUGAUGAGUGAAUGA